AUGUCUGACAGUCAAUGUGAUACAGAGAGCUUCGAAGAACUUGAGCCAUCCUGUAGGAGGAGGAGGAAGCCAAAAACAUCCCGUUCUUGUCGGGCAGGCUUGAUAUUCCCAGUCAGUCGCAUCGACAGAUUCCUGCGGAAAGGAGACUACGCGGAACGCAUCGGGUCGGGAGCCUCUGUUUACAUGGCCGCGGUGCUUCAGUACCUGACUUACGACAUUGUGGAUAUUGCCGGAAACAUUGCUGCAGGUGAUCAUAGGCGGCGAAUUGCCCCUGGGCAUUUACAUCAAGCGGUCAGCAACGAUUCUGAACUCCACUCUCUGUUUGGAGGAGUUCUCACUCGGGAGAACAACUGUCCAAGGAAUCAGUCUGCUGCAUCAGCCAGAAGGGGGAAGAAAUCUAGCAAGACUGUACGAGCCCAAAAUGCCAUUGCUGCUUAA